AUGCUGGCGGGUGCUACAAUUGCAGUCAAUGCUGCUGUGACAACCAGAAAAGCAGUGAGUUUUCUUAAAGAGGUUGCCAACAUCGAGGAUGAAGGAUACUUUCUGUGGAAGUUGGUGGACUCCGUCUCGGGGCCGUUGGAGGUGGCGGUGCAAUUGGCCACACGCUACGAGGCCUGUGAACUCCUGGAGCCCUCCAUUGCGUUGACGCGCUUCACGGUGCGGCAAGUGGAGCUGGUCCUGGAAAGGGAUGACGAUGAGCAAGGGAGACCAGACGACAAAGCCGGCUGGACAGCCUGGUUUUUGAGCAAAACAGAUGGUCUAACCCGCAAGCAACGCAUCUUGGAUCUUCAGCCCAAGCUGUCCAUUGCUCUACAGGCCCUUCACACUGGAUUGACCACCAUCAACCAUCGAGCUCCGGGCUUGAAAUCGAACUCACCCUUUGUGUAUUUGGAGGCCGCGGCUGAUGAUGCCUACAGGUUGCUCCAAGAGUUUGAGUUUGGGCGCUUGGAUGGUCGCAUCAUUGCUGCUGGAAGACUUCACUUUACAGCUGAGAUGUGGCAGGAAUUGGGGCCGUGUGAGGUUCAUCUUGAACUUCGCGAUGGUUUGGUCCUUGCGUUGCGACCACUGGUGCCAUCCGAGUGGGAUCCCAUCACGUUGCCGAUCUUGCGGGGAGAUUUCCAACUUCAACGGACAGUGAAGGGAAAGAUCCCUGGCAUGGAGUGCCCACCCCGAGAUGCCAACGUUCUGAGCUAUUUAGUUUCAGCAAACACCCUAAAGAAGUAUCUGCUGGAGUUUGAAUCAGUUGGACGACUGGCAGCAGAAACCUUUGAAGCUUUGCUGGUUAUGGCGGAGAUUAGCAAUGGUGGCGAGUCUCUCCUGGCGCAGUGUGUCGUCCCUGUAAUCUCCAACAUCUCGUCUGGCAUCACAGGUGUCCUUCGAGGUGCUGGCUCGCGGACAACCAUUUAUUUCAACUUCACCGUGGUGCAAAGCGCUUCGGAGUUGCAGAUCGAUGCGCUGGAGCCAAUAGGUUUUGAGUUCCAAGACUCCUAUGCUUACGCAAACAUCAGCCAGAGAGCGAACAGCAGCAUGCGAAGAAGCGUGCCACAGAUCCUGCUGGCCACGUGGGAUGCCUUUCGACUGGUGAUCCUGGCGGAUGCCUUCGACAACAUCCACCUCACCAUUACGGAUGUGAAAAUUUCGGAGGUGCCUGGAGCCUCCAGAUGGCGAUUGUCCACUUGGGAGCUACCAGAAGAUGACAAGGAAGGCACGCCCUACAUCAGAGAUGAAGCUUACGUGCAGGGCUUUCUGGUCCCGGGCCAACUUCAGGUCUUCAAUGCCUUUGGACAAACUGGACGAGAAAAUGCGGCCAUCUUGGGGCGAGAAUCGGAUUUGUUCUUUGACAUGACCUCCUCUGCACCGAUACCAGCUGGAAGUGACCUGUUGGUAGCAGCAGGAGGGGCCGGACCUGCUGGAUUCAAGCUGUUCAGUGAAACGGCAGAGCUCUGGACUUUAAACUCGGUCACUGGAGCUGCCGAAACAAAGCUUGGCGAGUGGUACUGCACUGGAAUGCGGAAUCUUUUUGACCCGGAGAACGAAACAGCGAUGAACCUCACGAAGGAGAUGUAUUUGCCACAUCCUUCUGCCUGUGAAUGGGACGAAACGCGCCGGGAGAUGCUCAACAGCUUUGACUAUAGUGACCCUACUGCGGAGCGCAUCGCCCAAGUGGUCGUCUUGAAGAUCACCACGGGUGCACCUGUGCACAGCCCGUUGAGGCUGAAGUUUAAGGUACAAACUCCGACAGACCGGACCACAUUCUUGCAAGAGCGUUGGCACAUCGACAUUGAGCUCGUCAACCACACCAACGGAAUGAUCAAUUUGGUUACCACCAACGAUGGAGACCCUGUGCCGCUGUCAGUGGUCACCCAACUGCCCACAGAGCCACCUCCUGAGCCCUCGCAUGUGGCACCCUUGACGCGGGUCGAGGUUGUCAUCCAAUUGGAUCCUCUGGACACUGGGGCAGAAGCCUUUACCCUCACUGCACCGCCCGGAUAUUCCUUCGUGCAUCCUUGCAGAGUGCCUUUCCAGGAGAACAAGACCAACAAUGUGGAUGAAAUGCGCUGCUUUCCACUGCCUCCCCUCAAUGGUCGGAGCAGAGCGAGAGUUGACUGCGAGGCUGAUCGCAGGGAAACGAAUGCCAAGGGCUUGGGAACGGAGUGCUUCCGAGACGCCCCUGCGGUGAUUUACAUUUCGACGCCUGAGGCUUCGAUUCCACCGGCAGAGAAUGUGUGGUUUGUGGAAGCCGUCGAUGGCACCAACAGCAGCGGUGGCGGUGAUCGACUUGGACGUGGGACGCUGGCCGGCUUUGAUAUCGAGAACAUGGAAGUGCAGGUCAUUUAUGGAUCCUUGGCCUCCGUUCCUGUGGAUAUUGGUGUUGUCUUUACAAGCCGCGUGGACGUCCCAGCGCAGGGCAAGGUGAUGAUCAAGGGACCACCUGAUUUGCAGCAAUUUGGUUGUGAGAACAAGCGGGGCACAGUGAAACCUGGGUCCCUGGGAGCCAUCACCAGAUGUCAAACCUCUGUGAAUCCACCCAGGGUCACACUUACCUUGAAUGAGACGCUGAAAGCUGGCUUGCACCUGGUCAUUGUGCCGGGUGAAACACCUCGACAAAACCCCCAAGAGUCUCUCAACACCUUCGAUGUGUUCCUCCAAAUGCCAGAUGACCGAAAUCUGGACGUGUCACUUAAAGUGCCUGGAGAGCCUGUCCAACAAGGUUUGAGAGCAAGUGUUCUGUCGUUUUGGUGGACGCAGCUUCUCCAAUAUGAUACUGCCUUCUAUGUCACUGUUCCCAUCGAGAUCUUGGACGAUGUGGACAUCCCGCUCUGGGGCAUCUUGAUUGACUUCCCCAAGGAACCUGACUUUCAACUGGACUCAAGCGACAUCCAGGCAUCAAGAUCCUUUGGUGAGAGCCUCUACCUGUCGCCCUUUCAAGCACAAGCAGGCGACAGCCAGCUUCUUGUUCGCUUGGACAAGACUCGGCGGUUGAGAACAGGCCUCACUCUGAUCCGCUUUCCAAUUACAAGACCGGAGCAGCUGCCUGUCUUCAAUUUCUGGCGCAUUGCAUUCUGCGGCGAUCAAAUGGGUGAGAACGGGGAGGGCUGCACACUGGGUGAGCCACGGACCGAACGCGGCCCUGCAGUGAUCUCGGUCUUUGCCAAUGGUGGCUUUGAUCCCCUGGAACCCAGCAGCCCAUUGGAGGCCGUGAAAAUCACCACCGGCAGUGGUCGGCGAUGCGAGGUGAGUUUUUGGCUGCUGGUGAUGUGGAGUUGCUUUCAAGGAAUAAUCGCAGAGCUGGGCAUGUAG